AUGUCAAUUUUUGAUCAAACUUCAAAAGACCUUAAGUCUUCUAGACUAGUUAUUCACAAACUCGGCGAAACUUUCACUGAUUUUCAAACUCGCACCUAUUCAGCUAUUUCACUUUGUGAGCAAUGGCGUACACUCCAGGGUUCUUUCGCUAAGAUCCACAACUCGUUCGAGGAGCGAGUUAAGGAAGUCGAGGCGAAAGAGAGGGAAAUUGAUAUGACUAGAAAAAAGUUAUAUAAUUUAGGAAAGGAGGUUGAGUUAUGGAAGAAGAAGUUGGAUUCCGAAGAGAAGUCGUUGCGUGAGAGAAUCGACGGUGUUGGGUUGAGAGAAAAGGAAGUGAGAGAGUUGCGCGAGUCUUUGGAGUUGGAGAAAAGAUUACUUGGUGAACGGUGUAAGGAGGGUUUCGAGAGGGUUAAGGAGAAGAUGAAGGCGGUGGAGGAUCGUGUUGAGGAGAUGGAGUUGAAGGCGAAGGUGAUGAGUGAGCGAGGCGAAGCAUUGGAUGCUAAAGAGAAGGAGUUGAGUAUGAAGGAGAGUGUGUUGGAACAAAAAAAGGUAAAGUUUGAGGAGGAUAUGAAUGGUAUGGAUGAGUUGUACUUUGCGCUCGAGCGUAAGGAAAAGGAGAAUGAUGAGCAAAGUUCAAUGUUAAUGUCUAAAGAGAAGAUGUUAGGGUUGAAAGAGAAGGAAAUUGAUGAGCGUGGUGAAAUGUUAGAGGCGAAAGAGAAGUCAACGUUAGAGGAUGCUAAAGCUAUGGAGUUGGAACGAAAGCAAUUGCAAGCUAAAGAGUUGGAGAUCGAGUCGAAAGAGAACAAGCUCAAUGAUCAACUAAAAUGUGAUGGGCAUCAAAUACUUUCUAAUUGUCAAGCACAAGAGUAUGAAGAGAAGCGCAUUGGUACAAAAUUUUUUUCCUCAUCAUUAAGCAUUGGUGGUGAACAAAUACGUUCUUAUUGCAUUAAAAUGGAUGCAUUGUUUUUGGGAUUUUGUAUAACGGACCAGGUGAAGGCGAAAACAAUAUUACCUAAAGAGAUAUUGGAUGCUCUUAGAUAUGCUCCUGAUCCAGGGAAACUUGUUAUGAAAGUCACUCGAACAUUCCACCAAAAUUUCUCAGAUAAGGAUACUACCACAAUUUAUAAAGAUAGUUGCAUUUUGUUGUUGGAGCAGUUAAUGAAACUAUCACCUCCAAUUAUGGAUAAUGUCAAAGAGGAAGCGAGGGAUUUAGCUUUUACUCUUAAGGCCGCCAAGAACAUAACUCCAACAGAUAAUUUCGGGUUUUUGCAGUUUGUAGCUGCGUUCAAGUUAGCUAAUUGUUUUAAUGCAGAUGAUCUUGUUACCUUUUUUGGCUCAUUUUAUCGUGGAGUUAAGAUCUAUCGGCUUGAGCAGCUAGCGAGUUUAUGCAGUGCAUUAGGACUUUCAGAUAAGAUUCCAGGACUUAUCAAGUCUUGUAUUCAAAAAAAGAAGUUGCUUACAGCAGUCAAGUGCAUUUGUAUUUUUAAGUUGGAAGAUAAAUUUCCACCCGAGCCUUUGCUGGAAAAUUACUUGGACAUGUCUAAUAAAAAAGUGAAUAAGAAACGGAAAGCUGGAACGUUUAUUCCAAAGAUUGAAGCUAUUGAUAAGGAACUAUCCAUUCUUCGAGAUGUUACUAGCUGCAUUGCAACAUUUAAGCUCGAGUCUAGAUUCCCACCUGAACCCCUAUUAUCGCGCAUUGAAGAAUUGUUAAAGGCGAAAGAAGAAAGGAAGGCGGGUGCUCUAACACAUUGGAUUAAUAAUAAACGCAGUGCAAGCUCCUGUGAUUCCAUAGCAAGUCAAGAACAGCUACAAAAGCGUCCUAAAAUAGAGAAGUAG